AUGGAUCCUAGAGAAUCUUCUUCGUAUUCCAUCAUACCUAGGAUUCGGUACAACACCGUCAGCGGUGUCAACGGACCUUUGGUCAUAUUGGAUAACGUCAAAUUCCCGCGCUACAAUGAAAUCGUUACCCUAACACUCCCUGAUGGAACAGAGAGAUCCGGUCAAGUCCUCGAAGCCCGAGGCAACCGCGCCGUUGUGCAGGUUUUCGAGGGCACGUCAGGCAUUGAUGUCAAAAAGACUAAAGUCGAGUUUACGGGAGAGAGCUUAAAGCUGGGCGUAUCAGAAGACAUGCUGGGACGUAUCUUCGAUGGAUCUGGCAGAGCUAUCGACAAGGGCCCUAAAGUGUUGGCUGAGGAUUACCUCGACAUCAACGGCAGCCCUAUCAAUCCCUACUCAAGAGUAUACCCCGAAGAAAUGAUAUCGACCGGUAUUUCGACUAUCGACACGAUGAACUCGAUUGCCCGAGGUCAGAAAAUUCCUAUUUUCUCCGCCGCCGGUUUACCUCACAACGAAAUUGCCGCCCAGAUUUGCCGACAAGCUGGCUUGGUCAAGCAAAAGGGGGCUACGAAUAAGGGUGUGCAUGAUGACCACGAGGAGAACUUCUCCAUUGUAUUCGCCGCCAUGGGUGUCAACUUAGAAACUGCCCGAUUCUUUACCCAGGAUUUCGAGCAGAACGGUAGCUUGGAGCGUGUUACACUCUUCCUCAACCUUGCAAAUGAUCCUACAAUCGAGCGUAUCAUCACCCCUCGUCUUGCACUUACUACCGCCGAGUACUACGCCUACCAACUUGAGAAGCACGUUCUGGUCAUUCUUACAGAUCUUUCGGCUUACUGUGAUGCUCUUCGUGAGGUAUCUGCCGCCCGAGAAGAAGUGCCAGGUCGACGUGGUUUCCCCGGUUACAUGUACACUGAUUUAUCUACGAUCUACGAACGAGCCGGUCGUGUCGAGGGCCGAAAUGGUUCCAUCACCCAAAUCCCCAUCUUGACCAUGCCUAACGAUGAUAUCACGCAUCCCAUUCCCGAUUUGACGGGAUAUAUCACCGAAGGCCAGAUUUUCGUCGACCGCCAGCUCGACAACCGUGGUAUCUACCCGCCCAUCAACGUGCUACCAUCUCUCUCCCGUCUCAUGAAGUCUGCUAUUGGUGAGGGAAUGACCCGAAAGGAUCACGGUGACGUGUCCAAUCAACUGUACGCGAAAUAUGCCAUUGGUCGUGAUGCUGCAGCUAUGAAAGCUGUCGUCGGCGAGGAGGCCUUGUCCGCCGAAGACAAAUUGUCCCUAGAAUUCCUCGAGAAAUUUGAGCGGCAAUUUGUCGCACAGGGCGCAUACGAACAACGGAGUAUUUACGACUCUCUAGAUAUCGCGUGGAGUCUCUUGCGUAUCUUCCCUAAGGAGCUCCUGAACCGUAUCCCCGCCAAGAUCAUUAACGAAUAUUAUCAACGUUCGGCUACGGAUCGAAAGGGAAAAGGGAAGGAGAGAAAUGAUAAGGGUGUAAAGGACACAGAUGCACCAGAGGAGGAGAACCUUGUCGACGUAUAA